AUGUCGCAGAAUUUCAAAACCAUCGAUCUCCAACCGCAGCCCGAGAAGCCAAUGGGUGCGCAUCUGCGCGAUGGCGACUCCAAGGAUAUCAUCUCCGAGCAGCCUAGCUCCCGCAAGAUGAGCAUGCAAGCCGAGCCGCAGGUGUCGAUGCGCGGUGGGGGUGUCAUUGGCGACUGUGUCGACGCCAUCGCCAGAGCUGGCGUCCGCGUGCAUGGAGCAUGUGAAGAGUCGGGACAUAACUGGCACGCUGGGUUUGGGAGGGCGGAUGGCAAGCCGUAG